GGUCAGGUUUGCUGGGAGACCAGAAGGCGAUGGAGGCCAGAGAAGGAAAGAAACGCUCUGUGAAACAAAGGCAAGUCUUGAUAUUCUUUGUUUUGCUGGGUAUAGCUCAGGCUGGUUCAGAGCCUAAACACUAUUCAGUGGCCGAGGAAAUGGAGAGUGGCUCCUUUGUGGCCAAUUUGUUAAAAGACCUGGGGCUGGAGGUAGACGAGCUAGCUGCGCGGGGGCCCCGCGUCGUUUCCAAAGGGAAAAAAAUGCGUUUGCACUUGGAUAGGCAGACCGGGGAUUUGUUGUUAAAUGAGAAACUGGACCGGGAGGAGCUGUGCGGCCGUAGCGAGCCCUGUGUGCUGCCUUUCCAGGUGUUACUGGAAAAUCCCUUGCAGUUUUUUCAGGCUGAGCUACAAGUUAGGGACAUAAAUGAUCAUCCCCCGGUUUUCCUAGACAAAGAAAUAAUUUUGAAAAUCUCAGAAAGUAUCACUCCCGGAGCUGCUUUCUUAAUAGAAUGUGCCCAGGACUUAGAUGUAGGAAGCAACAGUCUCCGAAGUUACACAGUCAGCCCCAGUUCCCACUUCCAUCUUAAAUUACAAGAGAGUCCUGAUGGCGUGAUAUUGCCACAGCUGGUGCUGGACAAGGCUCUGGACCGCGAGGAGCGGCCUGAGAUCUUGUUAACUCUCACAGCGCUGGACGGGGGCACUCCGCCCAGGUCUGGCACCGCUCUGGUCCGCAUUGAAGUCUUGGACAUCAAUGAUAACGCCCCGGAAUUUGCAAAACUGCUCUAUGAAGUCCAGGUCCCGGAAAACAGCCCCAUUGGAUCCCAGGUUGCUGUCGUCUCGGCUAGAGAUUUAGACAUUGGAGCCUAUCGAGAAAUAUCGUAUGUAUUUUCCCAAGCUUCUGAAGAUAUUCGCAAAACUUUUCAAAUAAAUGCGAAAUCGGGAGAACUCCUUUUAACACAGAAACUGGACUUCGAAUCCAUUCAGACUUACACAUUAAAUAUUCAGGCGACCGACGGAGGGGGUCUAUCUGGAAGUUGUGCGGUGUUUGUCCAGGUGAUGGACUUGAAUGACAACCCUCCGGAACUGACCAUGUCAACGCUGGUCAAUGAAAUCCCAGAAAACCUGCAGGAGACCAUAGUUGCUGUGUUCAGUGUUUCAGAUCUUGACUCCGGAGACAAUGGGAGGAUGGUUUGCUCCAUCCAAGAUGAUCUUCCGUUCUUCCUCAAACCCUCUGUUGAAAAUUUUUACACCCUGGUGACAAACACAGCCCUGGAUCGAGAGAUGACAUCCCAGUACAACAUCACCAUCACCGUCACAGACCUGGGGACUCCCAGACUAAAAACCCAGCAAAACAUAACCGUGCUGGUCUCUGACGUCAACGACAACGCCCCAGCCUUCACUCGAAACUCCUACACCCUCUUCAUCCCCGAGAACAACAGCCCCGCCCUGCACAUAGGCAGCGUCAGCGCCACAGACAGAGACGCGGGCGCCAACGCCCAGGUCACCUACUCGCUGCUGCAGCCCCAGGACCCCAGCCUGCCCCUGGACUCGCUGGUGUCCAUCAACGCCGACAACGGACACCUGUUUGCCCUGAGGGCACUGGAUUUCGAGGCCCUGCAGGCAUUCGAGUUCCUGGUGGGCGCCACAGAUCACGGAUUCCCGGCGCUGAGCAGCCAGGCGCUGGUGCGUGUGCAGGUGCUGGACGCCAAUGACAACGCGCCCUUCGUGCUGUACCCGCUGCAGAACGGCUCUGCGCCCUGCACCGAGCUGGUGCCCAGGGCGGCCGAGCCUGGCUACCUGGUGAGCAAGGUGGUGGCGGUGGACAGCGACUCGGGCCAGAAUGCCUGGCUGUCUUACCAGCUGCUCAAGGCCACAGAGCCCGGGCUGUUCAGCGUGUGGGCGCACAAUGGCGAGGUGCGCACUGCGCGGCUGCUGAGCGAGCGCGACGCGGCCAAGCACAGGCUGCUGCUGCUGGUCAAGGACAAUGGCGAGCCUCCUCUGUCAGCCAGUGUCACGCUGCACGUGCUGCUGGUGGAUGGCUUCUCUCAGCCCUACCUGCCGCUGCCCGAAGUGACGGCCGCCGCAGCCCAGACAGACCCGCUCACGGUCUACCUGGUCAUCGCGUUGGCGUCGGUGUCGUCGCUCUUCCUGUUCUCGAUGCUGGCGUUCAUCGCAGUGCGGCUGUGCAGGAGGAGCAGGGCUGGCCUGGUGGGUGGCUGCUUGGUGCCUGAGAGCCACUUUCCGGGCCACCUGGUGGACGUCGCCGGUACUGGGACCCUGUCCCAGAGCUACCAGUAUGAGGUGUGUCUGAUGGGAGGCUCAGGGACCAGCGAGUUCAAGUUUCUCAAACCGAUUCUCCCCAGCUUUCUUAGUGAAGGUGAGGUGAGGGUUAGUGAGGCAAAGCCCAGUUUCAGGGAUAGCUUUGAAUUCAGUUAAGAUUUAAUAAGGGUCUACUAACACUAGUCUCAUUUGUAAAAUAAUUACUAAUUAGCCCUAAUUAAUUUGUGAAAAUUCCCUUUGUACUGCUUUGCCCAUUGGGGUUGUGUCUUUUUAUUUGAAAUGUAAAUAUUUCAA